UUUUUUUACUCUUUUUACUUUCUUUAUCAUACCAUCAUGUCAGAGGAUCUAGAUCCUUUUGAAUGUCGACUUCAGUUUAUAUCUUUAUUAAAGAAACUCAAUGCUUCACAACAAUCCAUUCAAAAAACAGCUCGUUACGCAGUUCGGCAUCGACAAUUAUCUGAAGAUUUAUAUAGUUGUUUCUUGGAAGAAAUAGAAAAUACUUCUCUUAAUGCAAGAUUAAAUCUUCUUUAUGUAUUAGACUGUAUUUUUUCUAUGAGUCGAAAAGUACAGUUCAUGGGAUAUAUUGAUCUGACUCAACCCAAUGUAUUAAGGAUCAUCAAUGCAGUUGCUCUCUCAAGUAGUAAAGGUAUUGUCAAUGUGUCCAGCACGAGAAAGUUAUUAUCUCAUUGGAAGGAAAAACAAUAUUUCGAUAAUGAAACAAUAGAAACAGCACAACAAGCUCUUAUAUCUUAUGGUGACAGCUUAUCGCAGACAAAACGUCAAGACAAUGGCAAUGUAUUCACAAAGGCAGAUAUACUGAAUAGAAUGGAACAAGAUCGAGAAAGGCAUAAACGUUUACGGGAAGAAAUGUGGCGGCGGUCAACGGAAGAAUCUUCAGACGCAGAUUUUGAACAACUUUGGCAAACUACGGAUGGAUUCGAUGCAAAGAUAGAUGGACCUGAUUUAAUGCAACAAAAUAAAUUAUACCUUCCUCAUUACCCAUGGGAUUCUUUAUUAUUAUAAUGUUUAUAUUAUUAUUAUUUUUUACUUGACAUAAUAAAAAGCGAAAAGACAUGAUCUAUUUGAAAUAUAUAUAUAUUAU